AUGGCUGCUACGGGUUUUGACAGAAUGCCGGGACAAGGUUUCUCAUCGAGAACAGCCAGAUUCCAAUCACUUGGUUUACAUCCAGAAUUAUUAACUGGGAGUCAACAUCAAAGUACGCCUAAUGUUGCACCAGGCUCUUAUGAUCUAAUGCAAUAUGGUGACUUUAGUGAACAAACAAUUCAAAAACGUAUGGAAGGUCCCAACUGGCAACAAGCAUUAUAUACAGAACAGUUAGCUAAAUUUCCUCAUCCGAAUUUUCGAGAAACAUAUGAAAAACGAUUAGAAGAUCAAAAACGUCUUGGUCCUGGUACGUAUCCGAUAAAUGAUUUUAUAACAGAAGCUGACCGACGGCCACGUUGUGCACGAGGUGCACUUGAUCAACUUUCACCACGAUUUCCCAAAGAACAAUUAGAUAAAGCACCUCCGCCAGGUGCCUACGGCAUUCCUGAUGAAAAAAUUCACCGAAAACGAUGGGAACAAGGUAGUAAUAUUCCAUCACUUGAUUGGAAUCAAGGCCCAAGAACAUUACCACUUCAAGGUUCAAAAAUCGGCCCAGGAACAUAUAAUAUAAAAAAUUCAAUAGAUGAAUUAAUUAAUAAACGUGUCAGUGAAAAAGGUCCAUAUCAAAUAUUUUCAUUAGAUCGUUCAGCACCAAUAGCAACUGGACAUUAUGCUGUUUUGGAUACAUGGGAUUUGUCACCUGAUUUUCCAUCAAAAGAUUAUCCAGAAUCAACAUCGAUCACACAUGAAUUAACAAAAAGUAAACAUGGAACAUUUAGUAAAUUGAAUAGAUUUCAAAAGAAACCUACAAAUCGAUUAGCUAUCGAACAUCCAGGUCUUGAACCUAAAAAUGUUGAUUUCCCUGGACCGGGCGCAUAUGUCGUAACUCGACCAUGGGAAAAACAUGAUUAUCACGCGAAAAAAGUUGGAUUCAAUUCAUCAUCAACAAGAAACGAUAAUCGUUCAUUUACUAGUACAGGUGGUCAUAAUACGGUCGGUGUUGGUCGAUAUAAUAUUGUAUCGCCCGUUCGAGAUGAAACUAUAGCUGAUAAACGUAAACGACCUAAACGACGAAAUAUUGCUUUUUCUUCCACAACAUCCCGUUUUGCAACUGUCGAUGGUGAAUCGUUAUUGAAUGAACGUUUGAAACCACAUAAUCUUCGCCUGGAACAACGACAACAGUUAUUCCUCAAAGGUCAUAUAUAA